AUGGUUCAAACUUCAUUUAUUACCCUAAAUAGUGGGUUCAAAAUUCCCACUUUGGCAUAUGGCACAUUUUAUAUUCCUAGAGAUGUUGCUGAGGAGGCUGUGAUUCGUGCAAUUAAAACAGGUUAUCGACAUAUUGACUGUGCAAUGAUAUAUGAAAAUGAGGAAGAAAUUGGAUCUGGGAUUUCAAAAGCAUUGUUGUCAAAGGGUCUUGCCCGCGAAGAUUUAUUCAUCACAACUAAGGUAUACGUGCGUCCAGCUUGUGAGCAGUCGCUAAAGCGUCUUGGGCUGGAAUACCUGGACUUGUAUCUUAUCCAUCUUCCUACCGCGUUCCACACGAAGCCGGGAGAAAAAAUGAACCCCGACGGAACUGGUAAUGUUAUAUUUGAGAAGCAAUCAUUAGAGAACACCUGGAAGGCCAUGGAGUGUUUAGUGGCUGCUGGUCUAGUUAAGUCAAUCGGAGUGUCGAAUUUCAACAGAAAACAGUUGGAUCGUAUAAUGAGCGCUGGCUCAAUUGUUCCAGCGGUGAACCAGAUUGAAGUUAAUGUGGACUUUAUGAAUACAAAAUUGAUAGAAUAUUGCUGGUCUAAGGGCAUUAAUAUUGAAGCCUAUGGUGUACUCGGCAAUCCCGGUGUCAUGGGAGCUAGGAAGCCUCCUCUUCUAGAACAGCCUUUUAUCAAGAAGAUAGCAGCUGCGCACAACAAGACUCCAGCGCAAAUACUGCUGCGUCAUGGCCUUCAGCGAGGUCUGGUCGUUUUAUGCAAAAGCGUCACACCUUCACGCCUUGAAUUGAAUUUCAAUGUAUUGGACUUUGAACUAAGUGAAGAAGAAAUGAAGAUAUUGAAUACGAGUGGUCGUAAUAUCCGUACCUUCGAUAUACCUGCGUACGUAAUUUAA